AUGUACCAAGGAGAAUCAAGUUUUAGUGGUGUAAUGAUUCCGAAGGCUAAAGGAAUUACAAAGAUUUGCACAGAUGGAAGGCUUCAGUUUACUUUUGGUGGAAAGGAAAGAAAUUUGAUAGAAAAUAAAAUUAACCCAAGAAUAGUUAAAUGGACGUUAAUUUCUCGUGAAUUUUACAAGAAGAGUGAAAAAACUUCUAACAAGUCUACUGAACAAAAACUAACUGUAACAAAGAAAGUUAGAGGAUUUAAUUGUGUUCCUUCUUCUUUAAUUAAAAAAUCUAAUUAA